CUUCUUACACUCCGGGACUCGGAAUUUGACCCUGUUCCGCAUGACGACACCAGUAUAAUUAAAAGGCCGCUUGUAGGAAGUCAGGCGCUGUCCGUUCUGCUGCGAAUCAACUUGAAUCUGGGGUGUCAAUUAGUCGCAUAUGUAUAGACAGAGAAAUAACAGCAUAUUCAAGAGUCAUGAAGAAGAAAUGGCGAAUGUCAUUGACAUGUCGCUUCUUGUUCGCCCACGCAGCGCAGCUGGUAACUUGAGCAGCGACUUCAACACCAUCUCCGCAAAAUUAUUUGACGCUAUGCAGUCUGAUUUUACGAAUGGCUUGGAUCCAGCCGCAGACACGUCUCUGGUAGAUGAGACAGCAAAGCUCCGCGAACUCGAGGCAAAUGUUCGGAAUCAGGAGGAACUCGAAAGAGAGCUCGGCCGUCAGGCCGACCAACUUCUUAUCGAGCAAGCCGACGAGCGAGACCAGAAACGGAUCGAACGCACGACUAGGGAGAAACUGAAACUAGAGGAUCAGAUUUUGAAGCUCUACCACCGCUUGGAACAACGUAUCGGUCCCGCUCAAAGAGUGCGCACUGAAUCCGACAUCGCAAAGGCACAAGAACAACUAUUGUCGCUUGAAAAUGAUUUGAAGGAAAUACAAGAGCGCAUUGAUAAUCGCCAUGAAGAGAAGAAUGAUAUCCCGAGUACUGAAUCCGGAAGACUGCCGAAUGAGUCCAGGCGGGAGUAUCUCAUCCGUACGGGAAAAAUUACGCCCUUUUCGAAGAUGGGAACUGGACCGAAAGAGGGACCUCUGGCAAGUUUACAUGACGCUUUAAUAGACGCCGAAGACGAACGCGACGAAGCCGAAGCUUUACAGGAUGCCUCUCGACGAGCCACAGUUUCUCACCGUGACUUACGACUUCCGGGUAUCGAUAUCAGUGACGUUAGUGAGAUAACAUCUGAAGACAUUUCGGACUCGGGGAGGUCACGCAAGAAGAGAAGGGUAACCUACGAUCGUCGCCAAGGCCGUGCCAAACGAACAAAACGGGCCGAUGAGGAGGGAGAGGAUGAUAGUUAUGUCGAAAGUGAAGAUCUCUCGUCUUCAACGGAUGAGUUUGAUCCUACGCCUGGAGAGAUCCGCGAGAAGCAAACUGGCAAAAGGCCUGAUAGAGAUGGCAUGGAAGAUCUUCGAGGGUUAGACGAUGGUAAUGAAGAUUUUUAUCAAGCUCGAUUGAAGCGAUGGAUUCGUCGUCGAAGAGCUGCUCGAAAGCGAGCAGCCGAAUCAGAAACUAAAACCGAGGAGUCCGAACAACCUGACCGGACAACCAGGGAAGGACCUGAGGAAGAAUGGUUCUUACCCCAUCCUACCGUCCCAGAUGCUGAAUAUGAUGGGGGCUAUCGUGUGCCCGGCGAUAUAUUCCCGGUACUGUUUGACUAUCAGAAAACCGGCGUUCAGUGGCUCUGGGAGCUCUAUCAGCAGCAGGUCGGUGGUAUCAUUGGUGAUGAGAUGGGUCUCGGAAAAACGAUUCAGGUUAUAUCUUUUCUAGCUGGUCUUCAUCACAGCCGUUUGUUAAACAAACCGGUGAUUGUGGUUGCUCCUGCAACUGUCAUGAAACAGUGGGUAACUGAAUUCCAUCGAUGGUGGCCACCUUUUAGAGUCUCUAUUCUUCAUACAUCAGGAAGUGGCAUGAUUAAUGUUCGAAGCGAGAGCAAUCGCGAGAACGCUCUGACCAAUGAAAUGUGGGAUCCAAGUCGACCUUAUACCAUGACCAAAGCUCAGAAAACGGCGAAAAAGAUUGUCCAACGAGUCGUUGAAGAAGGGCAUGUGCUGGUUACGACGUACUCCGGACUACAGACAUAUGCACCUGUUUUGAUCCCAGUUGACUGGGAUUGUGCUAUUCUUGAUGAAGGACACAAGAUCCGCAACCCCAAUACAUCGAUCACAAUUCACUGCAAGGAAUUGCGCACUCCUCAUCGCUUGAUUUUGUCCGGUACUCCGAUGCAGAACAACCUCUCCGAGCUGUGGUCACUCUUCGACUUUGUCUUUCCUAUGCGUUUGGGGACUCUGGUUGACUUUCGAAACCAAUUUGAGUUUCCUAUCCGCCAAGGCGGUUAUGCGAAUGCCAGUAACUUACAAGUCCAGACUGCUGCGCGAUGUGCGGAGACUUUGAAAGAUGCCAUCAGCCCGUAUCUUCUUCAACGGUUCAAGGUGGAUGUUGCUUCUGAUUUACCCAAAAAGAGUGAACAAGUGCUCUUCUGCAAGCUUUCUCCACUCCAAAGAAAAGCUUACGAGCAGUUCCUAAAUUCUCAGGAAUGUAACUCGAUUUUUGCUGGUCGAAGACAGGUUCUUUACGGAGUGGAUAUGCUACGUAAGAUCUGUAACCACCCAGAUCUUGUCACACACAAACUUUUUUCAACUACAACUGGGUAUGGCGAUGCCUCCAAAUCAGGGAAAAUGCAAGUCGUGAAAGCGCUUUUGGAACUGUGGAAGGAUACCGGACACAAGACACUAUUGUUCGCGCAACAUCGGAUCAUGCUUAACAUCCUCGAGAAAUUCGUGAAUACAUUGUCUGGUUUCAACUACCGAAGAAUGGAUGGCGACACUCCAAUCCAUCGGCGUCAACUUCUCGUUGAUGAAUUCAAUAACUCACCGGAUAUACAUGUUUUCCUACUCACGACAAAAGUCGGGGGAUUAGGCGUGAAUCUGACUGGCGCCGAUCGAGUAAUCAUUUAUGAUCCGGACUGGAACCCAUCAACUGACAUGCAAGCUCGUGAAAGGGCGUGGCGAUUAGGUCAGAAGAGAGAAGUCACAAUUUAUCGAUUAAUGACAGCGGGAACGAUCGAGGAGAAGAUCUACCAUCGGCAAAUCUUCAAACAAUUCCUGACGAACAAGGUUUUGAAAGAUCCGAAACAGCGACAGACGUUCGAGAUGAGCAACCUACACGAUCUCUUUUCGUUGGGAGAAGAAGGGCAAACCGAGACUAGUAAUAUGUUCAAAACGGAAGUCACCUAUCAAGAAAAGGGUGAAACGAAGGAGAAGAAACCCGGGACGGAGCAGGCAGUGUCCAUCAGUGACGAAAAAGACAUUCAAAAAGUCGAAGGAAUAGCAGCUGUUGAGCAUUUCCACGAAGACGUAGACGAAGCUGAAGACAAGGGCGAGGAUAACGGAGCUCCCAGAUCCGAAGCACGUUUAAUGGAAACCAUCUUUGCCCAAUCUGGCGUCCACUCGGCCCUCGAACACGACCGAAUCAUCAACGGCAAAAAGAUCAUCGCCCCAGAUAGAACCAUCAUCGAAGCCGAAGCCAAACGUCUUGCAGCAGAAGCAGCCGAGAAAUUGCGCAAAGCCGAACAAACCGCCCGAUCAGUCCCCGUAGGCACUCCCACAUGGACCGGACAAUUCGGUAUAGCCGGACGACCACCUGAAGGACGGCCCCGCUCGGCGUUUGGAGGAGCAGCUAGUGUUGCGCGAGGAGCGGGUGCCGGGCCUUCUUCUGCUAGUAUACUUGCCAACCUAGCCAAUCGCACUAGCGGUACAAGUAGUCGAACGAACAGUCCUCGAGACAGUCCUGUCCCCGGAGGUCGUCUUGAUUUCUUGUCCAUGAUUCGGGAUUACAUGAUUGCUCAGGGAGGUUCGGCAUAUACGCAAAUGCUUAUUGACCAUUUCAAUCGAUUUUGUACGACUCCUCAUCGAUCAGCGGAGUUUAAGGAGACGCUUAAGACGGUCGCUAAUUUGGAGAAAGGUGGACGCAAUGGGAGGGGAAGAUGGACCUUGAGGAAAGAAUAUGCCAAGCAAUAAUUGAUAUGAUGAUUGUUAUGAGUGAUGAGCAAUAAACUGUUAUACCAUAGAUGUGCACCUAUAAGUUGUACGAUAUGCUUGAGUCUGAUAUGGAGUAUCCUGCGUCAUACUGAAU